AUGGCUACAAAGGGAAGGGGAGCUUCAAAUGAAGAACACCGGAAAUUAGCACUUGUAAUUGGCAUUGGUGAAUAUGAAAACUUUGACCAGUUAUCUAAUCCAGAGAAUGACGCCAGGGACAUGGAAUCUGCUCUGGAAAGCAUUGGUUUUACUGUUACAAUGGUCUUACAUCUAAAGCGUGUUGCGAUGAAGCAUGCUCUUGUGAAAUUUGAAGAUUCGAUUCAACCAGGAGAUAUGGUCCUGUUUUAUUUUGCUGGGCAUGGAACACAGUGGGAAGAUCAAAAUUAUUUACUACCAAAAGAUAUUCCCGAUGCGCAAAAAAGAGCUUACAAUGGGUAUACUGUCAAAGUAUGUGAUUUUGGUGUAGCGCGAACAAGAAAUGAAACGACACGUCAAACAAAAUCUAAUAAUACACUGGCCAUUACACUACAAUGGACUGCUCCUGAGAUUCUGCGCUUAGGACGCUACACGGAUAAGAGUGAUAUUUACAGUUUGGGAAUCGUUUACUGGGAAUUAGCCACAUAUCAGAUACCUUAUGAUGGUCACGAAGAUGGCGUUAUUCGUGCAUUUGUGCUUGCUGGCGAUCGUUUGGAUAUACCUGACACUACGCCUUCGAUUUUUCGUAUGGUGAUCGAACAAUGUUGGACGCAAAAUCCAAACGAUCGGCCCGAUGGCUGUCAUUUGAUCCAAAUGAUUGAAGAAUGUAUCCAAGUUGAAGGUAAUUCAUUUCUAUUCUUGCUCUUUUUAAACAACGUAUGAUAGAUAGGAGAUGAGAACCCAGCAAGUGGAGGUUUGCCGAUUAAUUUGUUGACAUUUGAUUGUGGGGGUGGAUGAGGGAGCAUAUAGAUCAUUAUACAUGGCUAGUAUCGUUGAUCACAUGCGAUUACAGCAUUCGAAAAGUUUUGCGUUCAUUUUUAGCAGCUGUCUUGUAUAUAUUUCUAUGGUGAAGCGGAUACUGGUUGUAAUCGAUUUCGGCUGCUUAGCUGAUGACAUGAAUAAAAUUAAUUCGUUUAGAUAAAAAGUCACCAUAGUGGAAAAGCAUUCUCAAUCACAUUCUAUUGAAGAGUAUCUCAUAUCUUCCGUAAGAAGUAAAGUCAUAUGAAACACAAGGAAAGAAGUUAGACAAAGCCUUAUUUAUCAUGUCAUUAGAUCAUAUAUAUUCAGUUAAGUUCAAAUUUAAGGAACCGCUUCUGUAGCUAUUGGCCAUUGUUUAUUAUUCGAUGUGGUUUGACGAACGCUAAUCCACAUAAUCUAAAACAACAAAAAUGACCAUCUGAUUUUGUUGUGAUCUGGAGUACUGAAU